AUGUCUGAGAAACCUAUCGAGCCUUUUUCUACUCGUACGGAAUACCAGCCAAUUGUUCAAAGGCUGAUGUAUAUGGUCGCACGCAAUAAGGGUUGGGAGGAUAAGUUUACGAAGGCGAUCCUUUGCGCUCACAAUAGCGGGGUCGAAGAUAUGGUCAAGAUCAAAAGUUUGGCUGACUACUACGAGUUUCUUAACAAUCUGGUGUUGUGGGUGCCCACAGAGGAUAAACCAGGAACUUAUAUUUACAAUAUGCUUUGCACGAUGUACUUUGUCCUCGACCAGAAGCCCGUCCGCGAGCUUCAGUCACCUGUUAAGCCUUCAUCAUAUCCACCGCCGCAAUUGACACCGUUAUCCCAAUGGAUAGUCGAUUACGCCACGUCUAUGGGAGACUUUCUCUCUACCCCUCAAUCACUUACCGAGAAAUCUCUGCAGACUUUUUAUACGGCACAGAAAUACAAUCUGGAUGCCUAUCAGGUUCCCGAAGGAGGCUGGCUGGGGCAUUCUUUCAAUGAAUUAUUCGCCCGACAUUUCUUGCCAGGUACCCGACCCAUUGAUGGCCCUUCCAAUCCAGCAGUUAUUGUGAGCCCCGCAGACUCGGUUUUCGAUGGGGCUUGGGAUAUCACUCAGAAUUCAACAGUCACUUUCACUGUAAAAGGCCUUCCCUGGAGCAUUGACGAGUUACUUGCACACAGUCAGUAUGCAAAUGAGUUUGCCGGCGGGAAAUUUAUGCACGCAUUUCUCGCACCAUACAACUACCAUCGUCUGCAUGCUCCUGUUGGUGGCAAAGUGCUCGAAGCCACAGUCAUCCCAGGCCAGGCCUAUCUCAAAGUUGUUGCAAAAACGCAUAAGGGCAAACUGAGACUCACCCCUAUUCGAAAGCUAGAACAACCAGAUGUGGUUAAAGAACUCGAUGCUCCAGACUCUCCUGGUUAUCAAUUCUGUCAGGCUCGCGGUCUGAUUGUAAUCGAUUCGCCAGAAGUUGGAAAAGUGGCUGUUUUACCAAUUGGUAUGGCUCAGGUGUCUUCUGUGCAACUCUCCACUCAUAAAGGGGCUAAUGUGAAAAAGGGUGCUGAGUUGGCUUACUUUCAGUUUGGUGGAUCUGAUGUUGUCGUCGUGUUCCAAGCACAGAGCAAAGUUGACAUACUUGCCAAUAUAGGUGAAUCUUAUAGCGUGGGCCAACAGAUUGCAAUUGCUAAUAUAUAA